CUUCGCCUCCUUCACCCGCGCCUUCUUUUCGACUUGGGUGUCCUGUCUCUGUUGCUUGAUGUGACAAUUUGUCUUUUGUUGAAUUCUCGUCCUGUCUUCUUAUAUUGCCAUCGAAUUCCUUUCUUUUCUUCCCAUCAUCCUAUUACUCAACGCCAGUUCAGUUUCUGCCAACUCAACUCUUAACGAAAUUAACGACGUUGUCUUUCUUUCUUUUUUUUUUCCUAUUUCUCUCUCCAACACUACUCCUCAGUUGAGACAAAGUGUCGAUCCGAGCCAGAGUCCAUUUACACUGAACCUACUUUUUUUUUCCUUAGUUUGUAUCGGCGUCCUUGGACUUUUUUCUUCUUAACCGACAACCCCAGAAACACAAUGAAGACAUCUGCCGUUAUCGCCGCAGCUGGCCUAGCGGUGGCUUCGGAAGCUAUUCUUCUGCCACCGGGAUCCUACGACCUCAGCUCCUCUGAGCCCUCCAUUAAGGCUCCCCCUUACGCGAUUGGCGCCGAUGCCGAGGACCAGACCGUCAAGCUCGACUGUCCCGGAUGUCCGAUUGUGGUGGCCGGUGAUGCUGCUCUCUACCGUACUCAGGAAGGUGACUCUAGCCACCUCGAGCUAGGGUUCUCCAUCGAGCAUGGCCUCUCGGGCGACCGUCUGAUGCUCAACGGCUUCGAGAUCUACCCCGAGUCGGAUCCUCUUGGCCCGAUGCCCCUCCGCGCGAAGGUGAAGCCUGAUACCGAUGACUAUGAGACCCAGCAUCUUCCCAUCGGCUCUCAAGAUCUAGGUUACAGCCUUCGUGUAAACCCCGACCUCGCCAGGACUAUUGACGGCAAGAACCAGCUCGUCGCCGUCGACUUCCAGGUCCUCGAGAUUGGCAACACCUUCGUGCAGGGUCUCGAUAGCGUCCACGUAAAGAUGGUGAAGAAGACCGAGACUGGCGCCCUCAUGAUCGCCCAGCUCGAGACUGGACCGUCGGAGAACCCUGUUCCUCAGUCCAACAAGCAGCCCUGCCACACCCUCAUGUGCGCCCUCAUGGGCAGCAUGGACAAGAUCAUGAACCAGGUCCGGCCUCACCGCUGCAACCACCCCGGCCACCACCACAUGGGCAGCUUUGCCAACAUGAUGGGUCACAUCGGCAAGCCCGCUCCCAAAGAAGCCGAGCCCAAGCCGGAGAACAAGAUCAACCAGGGCGAGGGCCAGAUUCACCACCACCCUCAGCGCACAUGGGUCAGCCUGUUCAAGCAGCUCAGCUACUCGAUCCUGCUUCCUAUCCUCAUCGGCAUCGUGGCUGGUAUCAGCGUCAGCAUUAUUGGCAUGAUCAUUGGCACUCUCGUCGUCGGUACCUGGCGCGUGUUCGUCCGCGGCAAGUCCUUCUUCCCCUCUCGCCGCUGCUGCCGUCGCCGCGCGAACUCUGCUCGCAAGGCUGCCGCUCUCGAGGCUUCAGUGGUCGAGGAGAAGGCUGGUCUUAUGACCAACAUCGAGGACGACACCCUCCCCAUUUACACCGACGAGGAGGACAAGAAGGACACUGCUUAAGCGUCUUUCAAGGCUUUCAUAUGUCAUCGAUUAUCACAUCACAGGAGAGACUCGGCCGAGUUUCAUCUUUGGCUAGUCUAGGCUUGCUAGGUUUACUCUGUUGAGGAGAAUGGUUUACCAACAAACUACUUGGGGCUCUUGGUCAAGUGGCGCGGCUGAUUGUUUGAAACUAGAAUGAUCUGUAUAGUGUAGUUUUAGGUUCCGGCAUUCUUUUGCUGUAUAUCACAUUCACUUGUGCCCAAUAAACCUCAAUCUAACAUACACA